AUGAGCGGGUUGGGAGAGUCGAGGUCUGAGCUGCUCGCGUGGGUCAACGAUCUUUUGCAACUGAGCGUGCACAAAGUGGAGGAAUGCGGGUCUGGGGCCGUGUACUGUCAGAUUAUGGACUCGAUAUACUUGGAUGUCCCGAUGCACAGGGUCAAGUUUGACGCCUCCGCGGAGUACGAGUACUACACUAACUACAAGAUCUUGCAGAGCUGUUUUGCAAGACACCAGAUUGAGAAGAUCGUGUACGUCGAGAAGAUGGUUAGGUGCAGGUUUCAGGACAACUUGGAGUUUCUACAGUGGGUUAAACGGUACUGGACGCAGCACAAGGAUGGGACGCCGUACGAUCCGGUGGCCCGCAGGAAGUAUAGGAGCGUAAGUGGUGGUGGCGGUGGUGUGCCGGUAGGAAGCACGGGAAACUCGACGUCCAGUUUGAACGUUGCCAAGAGGAAACCGACAGUGGCACCAGGUGGUACGAGCAGUUUUGCGGGCACCGCGACACGAUCGUCGUCUAAUUAUAAUGGUCCCGGUUUCACCAGAAGGAUAUCGAACGAGCAAGUAGUCGCACUGCAGACGGAAUUGGCACAGUCGAAGAACGAAGUGGAGAUCUUGACGAGAGAUAUGGACCAGUACAGGGAGACAACGAGUAUCUUGGAACGAGAACGGGAGUUCUACUUCGGGAAACUGAGGGAUAUAGAGAUUUUGGUCCAAUCGACACAGGAUCUGAUCAACGAAGGGCUCUACAGGAACGAAACUGCCGAGUUGAACAAAUUCUUGAAUAAAGUACAGACGAUCCUGUACGCCACGGAGGAGACAUUGUCCUCCGACGACAACCUCCCGAUCUCCAACACGGAAGAUGCAGCAGCAGACACCAGAUUUGCAGGAAACAACAAUUUGGCAGACCCACAGGAUCAAAAAGUUCUCGUGAACAACAACAUCACGGAUCCAAGUCCCUCCACUAAUCUGAUAAUAGACGAGGAAACCUUUUGA